AUGUUUGUGGAUACAGGCAUCAUCAGUCUAUCUCCAAGGAGGGUCCAUCCAUCAAAUUUCCCAAAGAAGACUGAUUCUUCGCAGUCUCCACUAGGCCUCCCGGAUUCAGCCAAAUCCAAUCCUACAGCAACUGUAUUCUCAGAUACAGAAGAGGGAAUUUUAUUCCAAACUGCCACAGCUCCUGUGUGUAAUCCUAGAAGUCCUGAAAAGAUCGUGAAUGCACGAAUUCUAUUUGAUAGUGGGUCUCAGAAAACUUAUAUUUCAAAGCGGUUAAAAGAUGCCCUCGGUUUGUCUCCAUUAAAAUCGGACAGACUUAUUAUUAAAACAUUCUGUACGGCGGGAGAAACGGCGAAAAACCUGUGAAGAAGUUCAAGUUAGUGUACAGGGAAAUCGAGAUUUGAAUCUUUAUCUGACAGCCCAUUGUGUGCUAAUUAUAUGUGCCCCUUUGCAAAAUCAAAGAAUUGAAGUAGCAGUGCGAGAAUUUCCUCAUCUAGAAGGUUUAUAGUUAACUGAUUCUGUCCAUGAUAAAUCAGAAUUAGAAGUUGAUCUGUUAGUUGGGUCAGAUUUCUAUUUGCAGUUUAUGACCGGAAGAGUCCAAAAGGGGGAGGCUGGGCUCACUGCAAUAGAGUCGCACUUGGGGUGGAUUUUGUCUGGUUCAUCAAGCUCCACGAAUACUCGCUCUGUAUCAGCAAAUUUUACACAGACAUAUGUCUUAAGAAUUGCAGAAGCCCCUGAUCUUGUUGUUGUUCCUCUGCGAGAGGAUCUGUCAAAGUUCUGGUCGCUUGAGUCUAUGGGUAUACGACCGAACGAUGAAUAUUCUGUACAUAAACAAUUUCUAGACAACAUAGAAACUGAUGGAGAGCGUUAUCAAGUCAAGCUUCCCUUUAAGCAAACACACCCAAUAUUACCAGACAAUUAUCAGAACUCUGUGAUGAGGUUGGGUUCACUUGUUAAACGACUGCGGGGUGAACCUGAGCUCCUUAGAGAGUAUAAUAACAUUCUUAAAGAGCAAAGGAAAGCCAGUGUUAUUGAAGAUGCCCCAGAAGGACCCGUAUCAGUAGGCGAAGAUUGCUAUAUUCCCCACCACUGCGUUGUCAGACAUGACAAGGACACCACAAAGGUACGUGUGGUGUAUGAUGCAUCAGCAGAAUCGAAGGGGUUUUCAUUAAAUAACUGUUUACAUUCUUUGCCCUGUCUUGUAGCCACUCUAUUUGAUAUUAUGUUGAGAUUUCGCUGUCAUCUGUUUGCCUUGGUGGCAGACAUAAAAAAGGCAUUUCUACAAAUUGAGAUUGCACCUGAGCACAGAGACUUUCUUCGGUUCCUGUGGAUAGAUGAUAUUAGUAACGAACAGGCAAAUAUUAUUGUCCAACGAAUAACAAGAGUUACAUUCGGAGUUACUGCCUCACCAUUUCUGUUAGCAGCUACCUUGCAAUAUCACAUUGCAAAGUACUACUCUAUUGAACCCAAAAUUGUAGACAACCUGCUUCGAUCGUUGACCUCGCCUCGGGUGAAGAUUCGUAUCAGAAAACAUAUGAACUGUACGAAAGGGCAAAAUCUAUUCUACAAGAAGGGGGAUUUAUCUUACGUAAAUGGGCGUCAAAUAAUUCAGACUUGCGUAGCAAAAUUAGUAAAAAUGUCGGCAAGGAUAAUACAAAUUCGAGCACAAACAAAGAUGAAUCCACCUACGCCAAAGCAACACUCGGUUCAUCAUCCAAGACUACUGUUAAAGGAACUGAACAAAAGGUGUUAGGGUUGCUGUAGAACCCUGACAUUGAUGUAUUUAUAAUAAGAUUCCAAGAUUUAGUCAAUGCUGCAGAAUCGCUUCCUGCAACCGAGCGAAGUAUUCUGAAGAUCGUUGCGAGUGUAUAUGAUCCAAUGGGAUUUAUAUCGCCUGUUAUACUUCCUAUGAAGAUGCUCUUUCAACAGCUGUGUAUUGAAAAGGGCGAUUGGGAUGCCCCAUUGACAUCACAAUGUGAACGAAAGUGGCAGGGCUGGAUAACCGAGUUAAGAAAGAUUCCUGAGAUCAAGAUCGAUAGAUGCUGCAUAGAGGAGAACAUUUGUAAGGUAAAAUUACACGGUUUUUCGGAUGUCAGUAAGGGAGCAUUUGCCGCUGUUACUUACUUAAGAAUCGAAUCUAAAGAAUCGGUAAAGUUAACCUUAAUCGCCGCCAAGACAAGAGUAGCACCGUUGAAACAAUAAAGUUUACCGAGAUUAGAGCUUCUUGGAGCAUUAUGUCUUGCAAGACUUGCAUCAGCUGUUCGGAAAGCCAUUGAGCCUAUCAUCCCUAUUAGUGCGAUCUACUAUUGGACUGAUUGAUUUACCACAUUAUAUUGGAUACAGGGAACUAGCAAAGAGUUUAAGCUAUUCGUGGAGAACAGAGUAUCGGAAAUCAGAGAAUUGAGUGACGUACAGGGCUGGCGAUAUGUACCUGGGUAAUCCAAUCCUGCAGAUCUACCAUCUCGAGGUGUUCGGUUGGAAGAUUUAGCUGAUAAUAGUUUAUGGUGGAAUGGUUCAACUUGGCUUCACGAAUCUGAAGAACAUUGGCCUCAAUUCAAGAAUACAGAGCCUGACGAGGCAGCGGAGAAGGAAAUGAAGUUGGGCGAAAGAUCGUUAACGAAGUCUGACGGUUCUACACACGUGUCAAUAACUCAGGUUCAAAACAGGCGUAUAAAUCUAGAACUAUUAAUCGAUCCAAAAAAGAUAAAGUUCGUCAUUGAAAUUAUAUCGGGAUACAGCUCUGGUAUUAAGAUUUGUGAAAAUACUCAAACACGAUUGCAAGGCGGCAGAUAG